GGGCCGUUGGGGGUUGGCUGGGGCGGGACCGCGGCCAGGGGUGCCACAGCGGUGCCCGGUGGGGUGGCGGUGGCGUGGGCUGGGUGCUCAUCACCAAAGCAAAGAAGUCACCUCUGCUGGGCCCACGAGGCAGCUCUUCCAUGCUCUGCUGAGCUCGGUGCAAUGCCUCCGCAACUCUUCCUGCUGCUGACCCUCCUGGGCCCUGGCAGCAGCCUCCCACAGUGGGGGAUCAGGGGGGAUGGGCCCCCAGGCCCCCCGCUCGCCUUGUCCCAGGGACAGCCAGAUGAGGACUGGGACUUCAACGUGGAGGAUGACUAUACCUGGGGAAACACGGACCCUCCAGAAAUGCUUGAAAAUAGCACCUGGGCUCCUCUGACUUCUGGGCCUCCAGCCGUGACGGGAACAUUGGGGCAGAGAGUCUCUGUGGGGCCUGGAACCCCUGAGCCAGCCACUGUGGAGACUGCCACGAAGGAUUCUGUGAGCCUGGAUGCAGGACGGGCAGCCAUGGAGAGUCUCGGCACAGAACUGACCACGCAGGGCAUUCCAGUUACACAGGGCCGUCUGAUCACAGGAUGGACCACUGCAGCCUCUCCCAUUACAGAGGCUCCAAAGACAGAGGGAGCUCCAUCCACGGAACCGGCCACGGAGCCCAUGGCCACAGAAGCCCCAUCCACGGAGCUCCCAUCCACGGAAUCGGCCACAGAGCCCAUGGCCACAGAAGCCCCAUCCACGGAGCUCCCAUCCACGGAGGCCCUGGCCACAGAGCCCCCAGCCACGGAACCCCAGGCCACAGAGGCCCCGUCCACGGAGGCCCUGUCCACGGAGCCCCAGGCCACAGAAUCCUCCUCGAUAGAACCCACUGCCACAGUGGCCCUGUCCACAGAGUCAGCCACCACCCCAGAACCCGCUACCACCAGAGGUCCAGCCAUGUCCCUUCUUGUGACCUCUGCCCCUCAUAAUGUCACCACCGUGGCAGCCAGCCAUUCGACCGUCUUCAUCAACCAAUGGGGAAAUAGGCAGGGUCUUCCCCCCAGGAGCUCCAUGACCCCUGACCCCACAGGGGUCCCAACCCACGUCCCCGUGAAGCAGUGUCUCCUGGCCAUCCUCAUCCUGGCCCUGGUGGCCACCGUCUUCCUCGUGUGCACCGUGGUGCUGGCCAUCCGCCUCUCCCGCAAAAACCACAUGUACCCCGUGCGUGGCUACUCCCCCACCGAGAUGGUCUGCAUCUCAUCCCUGCUGCCCGAUGGGGCUGAGACGCCCGCCACCAUGGCCAACGGGGGCGUGCCCAGCACCAAGAGCCAGGACCCGAAGCCGGCGCCCCGGGAGGACCGCGACGGGGAUGACCUCACCCUGCAGAGCUUCCUCCCUUAGCCCCCGUCGCCCGCCCUCCCGAGCAGGACCCCGGCCUCCUCACGUCCCUCCUCUGCCAGCCUGUCCCCAGAGAGAGCACCCAGACUUCCAUUCCACUGGUCUGGGCCUCCCCAGAGCCACACUGUGGGUUGGGGUCUUCUGGGAAGGCAGCCUGGCAGCCCCCCAGGACUGAGAGUGGCCAAGGGCUUGCAAACAAGACCGAGAAGUGGAACCACCUCCUCCCGGCAGCCUCUGCGUGGAGCCCGCUGCCCUGGGCAGAGGGCCAUGGGGGGCAGCCGUGGUGCCCAGAGAGGUCUCCCCCUCCCCAUUCCCCACCAAAUCUGGGCCCCUCUAAUAUAUCUCACAGCUGCUCUCUUUGCCCCAGGCCUCUGGAGUCUCACCCUCCCACCCGCCUGCACUCCCAUGCACCCAGGGAAGCCCUGAUGCCCUGCCCCCCACCACCAUUUUCCUCUUGGUUGUCAUGGUUACCAAACAGGAAGAGGGACUUUUGGGGAGGGGUACUGAGGAGUGAUGGUUCCCCGGGCUGUUUCCCGACAAGGGGACAGGUUGGGUCUCCUUGGGAAUGUCUCCCGGGCACCCAGGGUGAGGCCUCGGCCUGUGAGGGUCAGUGUAGGUUUGAAGCGUACAAGGCUAGACCCUUCUUUGGGGGUUUGUGUGGAGCAGUGAGCGUCCAUCUGGUGACAGUAACCCCUAAUCUGCCCUCUCUCGCCUUCCCCUGUGGCCAUGUGCAGGGAGGGCGCCAUCUUGUUCACCAAAGUGUCCCCACGGCCCGGCCCAGGGCCCGGUACAGCACCGGCACUCAAUAAAUAUUUGAUGAACAAAUGUCGGUUGAAUCUUUUAAAACAUCAAAGCCACCUCCUUCAGGCAGCCUCCCCUGAAUUCUCUAUUCCUCGGCGUGGAGUGGGGAUUUGGUCCUUAGCUGUUCACCCAAGGAAACCCCCUUUGCAGGCUGUUAGGCUGGCUGCAGUAUUGCCUCUUGGACAACUGGGGCAUCUUGAUAUAGUCUUUGGUGGCAACCUGAUGAGGGAGGGUCUGGCCCCGGCACCACUUUCUCCAGCUGCCCCAUGAUCCAGUUCUGGCCUACGGAAUUUGGUUUCCCCAAACCUCAGACAAAUACCCCUCCUAAACCUCAGUGCAGCCCUCCCCAGCCCACCUUGCCAUCUCUGUUCUACACCCCAAAGCAACUCCUCACGCUGGUGAGGGCUGCUGCAGCCCACAGUGCUUUGCGCAACUCACAGGGGUAGCGAAUAGCUGUCAGUACCCAAACUUUACCCAAAGUUUUUCUUAAAGGGCCAGUUAGUAAACAUUUUAGGCAUCACCAGCCACUGGGACUUGGUUGCAGCUACUCAGCUCUGCUGGUCACCUGACAGUAUCCCUAGACAAUGCAUGAAAUGAAGUGGUGUGGCCCUGUUCUAAUAAAACUUUAUUGACAAAGACGAGCCGGACCAGGCUGUGUACAUUUGCCAAUCCCUGAUUUAAGUGGCGGGUGACCAGCCACCCCAGCUGGCCCAGAACUUUGCUGGUUUUAACACUCAAAGUGAGCUGGGGCUUAAAACUCUUGAUCUCCUGCCUCCAAAGACCUUCUGGGCAUCUUCAUACAGGGAGAAGGAAACUUCUGCUCAAAAUACACACCAUUCUGCCUUCCAGGAGAGGAACGAAAUAUCUCCAGUGGCUCCUUUGGGAGUGGAAGGAAAGGAAACUGAGGCUCAGAGAGGUGACGUCACCUGCCCCAGGUCACGCAUGAGGACUUGGGACUAGAACCCGGACCUGAGUCAGAAAGCCAUGCUCUUAGCACAACGUCACACCGCCCUUGAGUUCACGAACUUCCUCUACAUGGAAUCAUCCAGCAUGUACCCUCCGGCGUGUCCAUGAGAUGUAUCCACUGGAUCUGCAGCCUCUCCGUUGCUGAGCCGUAUUCCACUGCACAAUGUACCACCGUCUGCUCACCUCGUCUGCUGAUGGACGUCUGGGCUGUUUCUAGUGUUCGGCUGUAAUGAAUUAAGCCGCUAUGGCCAUUUUUGUCUCUGGACAUGUGCUUUCAUUUCUCUUAGGUAAAUAACUGGCAGUGAGAUUGCUGGGCCAUAUGGGAAGGGUAUGGUUAAACUUAAAAAAAACAAAACAAAACUGCCAAACCAUUUUCCAAAGUGGCUGUGCUGUUUUUCUCCCCCACCAGCAGUGGGCGAGCGUUCCUGUUGCUAAGUGGGGUGGAUCUUGAACACGUGGAAAUUUUACUUUACGUCAGAGCUUGGAGGAGCCUCCUCUGACCCUUCCUGAUCCAAAAAAAAAAAAAAAAG